CCCUAACCAAUCUUUAGAUUUCAAAUGAAUAUAAGGAGAUGAAUCCGAAUUGGUUUAGUUUAAUUCAUACUUUAUACUUUCGCCUCUCAAGAUUCAAAUUGCGCCGCAUCAAAGCGUGUCAAAGUUUGGUCACCUGUUUCCGUGUGUGUGUGUAUAUAUAUAUACAUGUGUACUGUAUGUAUAUGCAGAGAUCUCUGUCAACGAAGAGUAUUGGUUGAUCCGCCGAAGACAGGGAAUCUAGCAAAACGACGAGAAAGCCGUUCAAAGUAUCAGGGAGCACGCUAAUCCCUGAAAAUUCGGACUACGCCACGCCUCCUUUUUUUCUUCUUCUUCUGUCUUUAUCUAGAAACAUACGUUAGAGUUCUACGCAUAUACGUAUUUGUAUACGUUAUACGUAUAGGCGCCUGUACGUGGGGAUCUUUCUUCUGUCCUCUUUUAACAUAUAAGGAGGAAGGGAGGAGAGGAGAGGAAGGGGAGGAAACAUGGAUGGCGUGUGCUUUAAAAUGUCGAUGCAGGGAUUAUCUACGAAGAUCCCGGUGGGCUUGCCUCGCGUUGGUCCGAUCGGCUGUUCCAUGGAGGACAAACCCACGGUGGCUCCGCCGCCGGAGAAGAAAUCGGCGUCGUACGGGAUUCCUCUGAGGGCACGGCGGCUAGAGAUCCCAUGGCCGGUUGGAGGCGAAGGAGCAAAUUGUGAAAGGGAGAGGAGAAGGAGCACGGAGGAGAUCGGAGAAACGGAGAGGGGGCAAAAGGGGAACUGGGUUUUGAAGAUUUUGCAGGUGGGAUCUCUCUGGAGGAAAGAGGAGACAGUGACAGUGGAAGACGAUGGAAGACACGAGUGUGAGUCCUGCAGUGGUAACGAUGAAGAAGGAGAGGGAGAAGAGGAAGAAGAAGAGAAGAGAAUCAAUGGGGAAGAGUUUAGGAGGAUGCUGAGGAAGGUUCCAUUGUCUGAAACUCGACUCUUUGCGAAAAUGUCCUAUUUGGGGAAUUUGGCUUAUUCCAUCCCUAAAAUCAAGCCGGAGAAUCUCUUGAAAUACGCCGGCCUUAGAUUCGUGACAUCCUCGAUCGAGAAGAGGAAGACUGAUGCAGGAGAGGAGAGAGAGAAGGGAGAAGAGAGGAGGGAGGAUGGAGAAGAGAAGAAGAUGAUAAGCCCAACUGCCGCGUACAGAAUAGCUGCUUCAGCUGCGUCUCGUCUGUAUUUGCAUUCGAAGAGUGUGAUUCCCUUCAGAUCCUCAAGACCCGUGGAUGAUGAGGCUGACGCCAACUCAUCUCUAAUGGCGACUGCUGACUCAGUGACGGCCGUUGUGGCGGCACAGGAAGAGGUUAAGCAGGCCGUAGCCGAUGAUCUUAAAUCAACACGCUCUCCUCCCUGCGAGUGGUUUGUCUGCGACGACGACAAAAACGGCACCAGAUUCUUCUUCAUCCAGGGAUCGGAAUCAUUGGCGUCCUGGCAAGCUAACCUUCUAUUCGAGCCUGUUCCAUUCGAGGAACUAGAUGUGCUUGUUCACAGAGGGAUUUAUGAGGCAGCGAAAGGGAUAUACGAGCAAAUGCUGCCUGAAGUUCAUGCCCACCUCAGUUCCCGUGCCAAAAACCGAGCUUUUCUCCGGUUCACUGGCCAUUCUCUCGGCGGAAGUUUGUCUUUGCUUGUGAAUCUCAUGCUUCUUAUCCGGGGCCAGGCCCCGGCUUCUUCUCUUCUUCCCGUCGUCACUUUCGGCUCGCCUUGCAUCAUGUGUGGAGGCGAAAGGCUUCUUCAGAAACUCGGGUUGCCCAAGUCUCAUCUCCUGGCAAUAACCAUGCACAACGAUAUCGUCCCCAGGGCCUUCUCCUGCAUUUACCCUGACCGUGUUGCUCGGAUUCUCAAGGCUGUUAAUGGAAAGUUCCGGAAUCAUCCAUGUCUAAACAAGCAGAAACUGCUGUAUUCUCCGAUGGGGGAGCUUCUAAUUCUGCAGCCCGACGAGAAAUUAUCGCCCCCGCAUCCGCUGCUUCCUCCAGGCAGUGGUCUCUAUGUCUUAUCGUCUACAUAUACAGAUACUGGUGAAGCAGAGAAAGAGCUUAGAGCUGCAAAGAGAAUGUUCUUGAACUCACCUCACCCACUAGAGAUUCUCAGCGACCGUUCUGCUUAUGGUUCAGAAGGAAUCAUCAAAAGGGACCAUGACAUGAGCUCUUACCUGAAAGCCUUGAAACACAUGAUUCGGCAAGAGCUUAAGCGGAUGAAGGUGGAGCAAGAACAUCGACGGGUCAAUUUCUUUCUAGCAGCUAUUCUACGCAGAGGGAGAGAAUCACUGAAACUGGCUAGCGGGAUUGUCGCAUCAAGGGGUCUUCAACUGGUGGUCAUGCUUUUUCUCCCGGUAAGAUGGCUGGUUGUGGGCGUCUAUGGUGUAAUCUCCCAUCAUUGACAACCAUAUCUUUGUUUCUUCAAGGGUCUGGUCCUGGAAAGUGUAGCUGGGUGAUUCUUUUUUCAUAUUGUCCAGCUACCCUGCAGAAGGUUGAUAUCAAUCAACAGAUGUAAAAAGUGGUUAGAAGUUAAAGUCAUAGGCUUAAGAUCCACCAGAUUCCUUCUUUCCGCGAAAUCUACAUCUUGAUCAAUAUAUGUGGGACGGGAUUCUCCAGUACAGGAGAUAACACAGACUUUGCACAAUCUCUAUUACGAUACCAUACCACUGAAAUAUAUUGGGUCUUCCAUUGAUAUGAGAAAGACAAAUCUUACAUAUGGUUUUCCGCUGAAAUGAUAAGAGAUUUAUUCGCAAGGGAGUAUAUAUGCCCAACCCUGUUUCUCUCCAAAGAUACAACAUAGCAAGGAGA